AGCAGCAUCCGCCGCCGCCGCCGGGUCCUGCGUCCCCCCCGGCGCCCCCGCGCUGGCACACGGGCAUGGGGGGCACCGGCAAAGGGUCCGGCCAGCCCGGGACGGCGCUGAGCACCACAUGAGUGUGGGAGCAGCAUGGCCAGCGACGCGAGGAUGGGGGAGACCCCGCCGCGGUGGAGGAGAGCCCCGGACGCAGCGCAGGACUCCCGGGGGAUGGAGAGCAGCGGGAUGGUCUUAUCCCGAAGCGCUGCCGCCGAGCUGGGACUCCCGGGCUACGCGGAGCCCGGCAAGCUGAGCUACGGGAUGGAGAAAGGGUGUCCCUGGAGGGGCUCCGAGGGAUGUUUGGGACCCGUCCGGGAGCUCGCCGGGGGCCGGCUGGGCUGUCCCUACCCCCCGGCCCCACCGUGCCUGCGGGACGCCCUGUGCCUCCCCAAGGACGGGGCCGAGCUGCCCCCGCUGCUGCCCCCCAGGAACGGGCAGCCCAAGGCGGGCUGGGGGGAGCCCUGCAAGGACCACCCUGGGUCGCGGUGGGCCGAGGCCGUGCUGGCCCCCCUGGCCCUCUACAGCCACGCGUACCACCGCUACCCCCUGCCCGUGCCGGGGCUGGACCCUCAGCGCCCCAGCGCCGCCGGCAAGCCCCGAACGGCCGCGGGGGACACGGCCGGAGACCCCCCGGCUUUCCGCCACUGCCCCUUCCUCGUGGAGGCCAAGCACAGCCCCUUCCUCCUGUCCUCGCUGCUGCCCGCCGGCCCCCCGGCCGACCCCCCGUUCGGCGGCGCGGGGGCGGAGGCGCCGGGGGCGAUGGGGGACGGGCGGUUCGGCGGCGUGGACUGGCGCCUGGGCUCCUACGCGCCCGCCUGGGGACAGCCCCUCUACCUGGGGGUCCCGCCGAGGUGCAAGGCGGCCCUGACCCCCUUCGACGACUGCUCCAGCUCAGGGAACAAGGAGUUUUACCCGAAGAAAGAACCCGGUUUCCACCCCCCCGCCAAGGACCACGCGGCGCCGCAGCUGCUGGGCAAGGGCCAGGCAGGGCAGGACAGAGACGGGGAGGGGGAGCCGGCGGGGCCGGAGCCGCCGGGAGCCCCGUGGAGGGAUGGCCGAGCCGGGGGCAGCUCGGCGGUGCCCGCUGCCCACGCCCGCACGCCUCCCCCCAGCGCCAGCCACCCCCUCUUCCUCCUGCAGCCCGGCGCGGGGGGCUGCGGGGGUCCCUGGGUGGGCGCACGGCCCCACGGCGCCGAUUUUUCCAUGGAAACGGGGCCAGGACGGCCCUCGGAGCCCAAAGAUGAGCGCCUGGGGUACCAAAGCCUCCAGCCCGGCUCGCCACCGGGAUCCAGGGAGUCCAACCCGUCGCCUCUGCUCGCGGACGGGCACUACCCACCGGCUCCCGCCAAGCCGGAGCCCCCCCCAGCCUGUCUCUGCCCCACCCCGGGCUGCGAUGGGUGCCCGGGGGUGGGCUGCAGGGUGCCCAACCCCUUCGAACCUGCCCUGGGGAUGCCCGGGGGGCGUUUCCCGUGCCCCCCCAGCAACCACACCAAGCUGAAGAAGACGUGGCUGACGCGGCACUCGGAGCAGUCGCUGCCUCGCCUCAAGGCUGCCCGGCGGGACGGGGGUCCCGAGCCCCCCGGGGAGGGCAAACGCUUGGCCAAACGCCCCCAUGGCACCGCCGAGGGACCCCGAGCUGCCAGCGAGGGCGCCGGGGCGGCCAAGAGGGGCACGAAGGCCACCGUGUGCCCUGGGGAGGGCACAGAGAGCCGAGGGGACCCCGAGGAGAGGAGGAUGGAGCUGGGAGAGGGAGAGCCACCGAGCCGGCAGGAGCCGUGGUGCCUGCAGAGCCUGCCCUGCACUGCGCUGCCCCCGGGCAUCCCCCGCUGCUGUGCCUGUGCCCCCCGGGCCACGGGGGACCCUCAGGGCGAGGAGGAGGAGGAGGAAGAGCCCCCUGAGAGCACCUGCAGGCUGCUGCACUUCCGCAGGUUCGCCCUGGGGGACAAUGGGGAGCUGAGCGUCGACGGCCUCUGCACCCUGGGGGAGGCCGAGGGGGAGCUGCCAGAGGAACCCGGCCCCGAGCCGGGGGGCAGGAGUGUGGGGAGCAGCCUCUGCCUGGCCAAGUACCUCCUGAGGGUCCUGGGGGACCCCUUCUGCGACGCCGUCCACAGGGACAGGGACGCGUGGCCGGGAGCCCCCGGCGGGCCCGAGGGGGUGACGUCCUGGAGGCGGGGGGAAGGAGCCCCCCAGCUCUGCGACGCCUGCCAGCGCGGCUUCUUCAACUCCCACUGGAGCUGCGCCAGAUGUGGCUUCCAGCUGUGCCCCGCCUGCCACCGCGGCAGGAGGGAGGCCAACGGCCCCGAGGGUCCAGCAGAGCCGCCCGAGUGCACCCCCGGGCCAGAGCACCCCGUCACGGCCCUGGUCCCCACACAGUUUGUCCCCACCUGUGUCCUGACCAGGCUCUGGAAGCUUCUGCACGAGGUCAGGGCCAAGUUUGGCAUCGAGUCCCACUGUUCCUGCGGGGAAGGGGCUGCGGAGCAGAGCCCGGCCGAGCCCCCGGGCAGGCAGGAGCCACCGGGGGCCGCGGUGCCCACCCUGCCACCCCCCAGCCACGGCCAAGCCGACACCUCCCGGCCCAUCAAGGAAGAGAGCCCCGAGGGGGGGCUGCCAUCGCCGGGGCAGCCCCCGGCGCGGGGGGCCGUGCAGACCACCACCCUGUGCGACCUGCUGGCCUCCACCGCCGUGAAGCUGUGCCUGGGGCAGGACGGGGUGCGCAUGGCCUUCGCCCCCGUGGUGCCCACCCUGCCCAGCGACAACCGCCUGACCAGCAUCCUGGACAGCAUCAUCGCCCACGUGGUGGAGAGGAAGAUCCAGGAGAGGCAGGCGGGGGGUGAGCUGAGCCCACCCAGCCCCCCCGAGCCCCCCGCGUCCCACUGCAUCCUGGAGCCCAGCGGGCUGCUCUGGCUGCACGACCCCGGCCACGCCAGCAACUACAAACUCUUCCAGGAGCACUGGCGGCAGGGCCAGCCCGUGCUGGUUUCAGGGCUGCAGAAGAGGCUGGAGGGGCGGCUCUGGGGGCCGGAGUCGUUCCGCCCACCCCGGGGGGAGCAGGAGGUGGAGGUGGUGAACCUGCGGGCGCCGGCGAACCGCGUCCGCCUGAGCAGCCGGGAGUUCUGGGAUGGCUUCCCUGCCAGUACGGCAUCCCCAGAGCAGGAACAGGGCGCUGGGGACUUGCUGAAGCUGGAGAGUGGCUUUGGGGACAAGGAGCUGAGCCGGACCACCAACCUGCGUGCCAGCCUGCCCCUGCCCGAGUACUGCGGGGCCAGCGGCCGCCUCAACCUGGCCACCCACCUGCGGGGCCAGCGGGGCCGGCGCUGGCUGCGCCCACGUGUCUGUGCAGCCUAUGGUGUGCACCCGCCGGACCGGAACGUCGGGACCAAAAACCUGGUGGUGGAAGCUGCCGAUUCCAUCAACAUCCUGGUUCACGCGGCGGCGGCACCGCGGGAGGUGCUCCUGCCCGGCGACACGGAUGACAUGGAUGCGGCGCUGAGGGAGCGGCUCAAGGACACCGGCGGCCGGCCCGGGGCACUGUGGCACAUCUUCCGUGCCGAGGACGCCCCCCGGAUCCGGGAUUUCCUGAGCAAGGCAUCCGAGGAGCCGGGGCAGGAGGGGGCAGCCACGGGGGAGCCCCCCGGGCGCUCCCUGGACCCCCCCGGGCGUUACCUGGACGCGGCGCUGCGGAGGCGGCUGCGGGAGGAGUGCGGGGUGAGCGGCUGGACCCUCCUCCAGUGCCUGGGGGACGCCGUGCUGGUCCCCGCGGGGGCUCCCCACCAGGUGCAGAGCCUGACGGGCACCAUCAGCGUGGAGCAGCGGUUCCUGUCCCCGGAGAGCUCCGCCCGCCUCCGGCUGCUCGGCCCCGAUCCCACCGGGACCACACGCCAGCUCCAUGCCCAGCUGGACGGGAUGAUCUUCGCUGCCGUGCGGGAGGCGCUGGGGGUCCUGCGGGGCUGCAAGUGAGCCCGUGGAACGCUGGAAGGACGCUCUGACAAGCCUGGGAUGGGGGCUGGAUGUGGGCCUGGACCCCCAGGGAGCCGGGAGCAGGCACUUCCAGCUUGGUGCUUUGCUCCAGGAUCUCCCGGGACGGCUCGGGGCAGGAGGAAUAAAGUGUCCACAGUGUGCCGGGGGCACCGGC